AUGGACUUAGAGGGCAGGUCCGGUCUUCAGAACGGGGAUGCAAUCUUUAGCAUCAACGGCAAGAAUACAACAGAUUUAUCUCAUGACAGCGCGAAGCAAGUGCUCGAAGAUGCUCCUGAUACAUUAACUAUGGCUGUGAAACGCGGGCUCUACGACCCAGUUUUGGACGAGUACGAGCCAAUAUACGAGCCGAUAGAACAGGAAGAUUUCGACCAACCAUCGAAACCAACUGAGGUAGACCCUUUUUCAGUACAACAGUUCCAAGACGAGAAGAACCCAGAGCUACCUGAACUACGUGAUAUAGAAACUCCAGCUUUCAUAAAUGUUCCAGAAUUACCGUCUAGAUCUCUCACGGCUUCCCCUUUCAUCCUUCCAGUAAAACCUUACAGGCCUUUUUCUACAGAGCCUUUACCAGACAUUCCUCCCCUAGAAGAUCCUAUUAUACUAAACCCCAAUUAUAAGGACUUAUUCGGUAACAAAGAUGAUGGAGAAUUUACGCCUCAAACUAGAUUUAAGCUUCCAAUUUCAGAACAGUACGAUCCAGAUGGCACCAAAAGCAAAGGAAAAAUUUGUACCAAAAAAAAUGAAACUAGUUUUUCUGAAAAUACUCUAAUUAAGGAUGUGACAUUCGAAGAGAAAGCUAAAACAGAAGCAAUAAUUUCACAAGAAAUGCAAAUUAAGACCAUGCUGGAUGAAGUGAAAUUUAUGAAGAAAAUGAAGAACGAAAUCGACUUAGAUAAAAUUGAAAUGACAGUUAGCCUUGUUGAUGAGAACAUUGAGAGAGCUAUAUCAGUGGCUGAUGAAAUAAAAAAAGAAAUUGAUGUUGAACUGUCUGAUUCCGAGGCCAGUUCUGAUGUCAAAAAGUCGAUGUUGGUUACGGAGACGAAAUCACAAAAGGAAAUAUUUGAAGCUAAUGUUUUGAGUCAAAAUUCAUUACAAGAAACUAACGAAUUAGUAGAACUGAUUGACAAAACUACUGACGAAAUCAUCAGUUAUAAUGGAAAUAAAACAGAAGUGAACGUUACUAAAGAAGUAGAAACGUUUGAAGAAAAUAAAUGUAAAGAACAAAAUUCUGUAGAUGAAAAGAAAUUAUCUACUAAGCAAGAGUUAGAAGAGAGCAUCCUUUCUGGAAGUGUAAGAAGAAAAUCAGAAUUAUUUGAUAAAAAAAAUGAAAGUAAGGUAAUAGAAGAGGAACAAAAUGUUGAAAAGAAUUUAUCCAAAAAACAACUUUCAAGUAAAGAUACAGUUGAUAACUAUGAUAGUGUUAAUAUUAACAAAUCAGAAGCAGUAAGUCAUAAUACCCAGAAGGUUAAAGAAGUUAAAAAAGAGUCCAUAAAUAGAUCUAGUGUUAAAAGUGACUUCCAAUCAUCUAAGCACAAAGCUUAUAAUAUUGGCUUGCAAACAAUACCUAACAUUAAAGGAUCUAUACAUUCAUCAUAUCAUUAUAAUUUGUUGCUAAAAACAUUCUUCAUACAUCUAACUGACGUAAUGGUUGCUUUAUCAAGAUUUAUUUUGACUGAGUCCGUAUUUAAUAAAGAAACGGAUGAAGAUAGAAAAGAUGUUACAUCGGCAACUACAUCUGAACAGACUAGUGUUAGAAACGAAAACAACUUAAAUAAAGAUUUAUUACUCAAUGAAAGUCAGGAAGAAUAUAAAGAAGCGGCUAAAGUUCAAGAAGAACAUGUAAGAAAAGAGGUAGCAAAAAAUGAAGAAAGUGAAACGAUGACUGUAAACAGGAAAAUGGCAACAGAAGCAAUAAUGGAAAAAGAAGAAAUCAAAGUUAUUGAAUAUGGAAAAGAUGAAGGUGAUAAAAAAUAUUUUGAAGUAGAGCAAGCAUCAGAAACAAGAAUGCUGUCUGGCUCUAAAAUGGCCCAACUUACUGAAAGAAAAUCUGAAGAGUUGACUCUUAAAAUGGAUGCGGUUAUAUCAGAAUUUGAAACUAAAACUGGAAUAGAAGCACAUACAGGUUUCCAAGAUAGAAGAUCUAGAAGUCGUAGCAGAAUAGAAGAGGAAGUAGCUAAAGAAAGUGAUCCACUAGAAUGGCUUUCUAAAGUUGAUAUGAAGUCACAAGAGCUAACUGAAACCAAAACCGGAACUAAAUCUAUUAGCACUGACUGUGAGUCUUUUGAAAAAAAGACUGAAGAAAUUGUUAAAAACCAUGAAACAAAAUCUACCAAGAGCGAAAAAGGUAAACAAAUGUACGUUGCUAUUGUAGAGUCACACAUAUUCACAAACAAAGAUGCCAUAUUUGAUGAGCAAAUCGGAGAAUUUUCUGAAACUUCAUCUAUUCAAAGUGUAGAUGAAAUAAAUAUUGCCUCACAAAUGAGUGAAACAAUGGCAACCGAGAAAGUUGCAUUUAAAAACAAAGAAAUGAAACAUGAAAUUGCUGAAGUUGUACUGGAAGAACCCCAUGAUUUUGCAAUCGUCGAUGUACGAAGUGAAGCAGUAGAAGUUAGUCAGAACAUAAAAUCUGUCACCAAACAGGAUGUAGCAAAAGCAACAGAAACUGAUACAAAAGAAACUGCUCAAGACAUUCUUAAGUUACAGUUAAAAGAGCCGGUAGUUGAAAUUGAAGAAGUUCAGAUAGAGAAAAUAAGCAAACAUACUGAAAAUAAUUAUACCAACAAAAAGGAACAAAUUUCUGAGUUAAUAGAAGUUAAAGAAUCUAAUCAUAAGGUUAUUCAAGAAAAACAAAAAGAAGAGCAAAGUAGUGUAGUUGUCGAAGAAAUUAUACUUAAUGAUGCCAAUGAAUCGAUUGAAAAAGAAAUUGAAAAAGUGAAAAUAGAAAAACAGGUCGAAGUACAAUCCGAACAGAAUAUCACGAUACCGACUAAAAUAAGCUAUAUAAAAAAUGAAGACUCAGCUGAAUUGAAAAUUGUCAAAGAACAAGUUCUUGAAGUCGAAGAAGCUUUAAAACUAUCUGAAGAAUCAGAAUUGUCUAUAAAUAAACACACAAUAGAGAUCGAAAACCAAACUGCUUCGUUCCAAAAGAGUACUAUGGAAAGUUUUGAAUCUAAUGAGAUAGUACAAGAAUCCUCGUUCACAGCAAAAACUACUGAUCAAUCCAAGAAACUUACUUUACAAAUAGAUUUAGCUGAACGGAGGAGACUGCAAAGCCAAAGUUCUGAAAUAAGUGAACCACCUUCCACAAUAGACACACCUACACCUGCUACUGUACCACCAACACCUUUAACUGAUGAAUACGUAUUCAAACUACAAAUCCCACUGCCUAAAAAUACAGGAACCCCAGUACCCAGAGAUUGUACUCCUGAUGAAUCUGAAGAUGAAGACCCUCAUAUAGUUAAGAAGAAAUUGGUAGCGCACAUUGAUACAACUUUAGAUUCACCAAUCAUUUAUGAUCCCCCGUUACCUUCACCUCCAGUAGAUAAAGUUCAAUCUCCUGUGUACACAAAACCUGGUCUUAGGGGUGGGGCUGAUAGGAGAGCGAUGAAAAAAGGUGUCUCAACAAAAAAGGAAGAAAUUCUAGAGAUCGAGAGGAAAUCGUCACUCCUCGCAUCAGCUAUUGAUGAAACCAUUAAAAGCAUUGAAGAAUAUAAAGAAGAAGUUGGGAUCGAUACAAAAAAAGAAAUGAAGACAGAAGAAAACAGCAAAUCAGAGACAACAGUCUCAAAAAAGGUUGAAGAACUAAAAACGUGUAAACGAGAAACCAAUUUAUACAAUGGUUAUGCCAAAAUUGAUUCCGUAACUUACAAUGGCACCGAAAAUCAUGACAGCAAAAUAAGCGAUGAGUGGAAUCACAUUGACAAACAAGUGAAAGAUAGUAAUGAAAAACUUAAUGAACUAUCACUAAAAGUCAACGGCAAUGACUCUGGAACAGAAACAUGUGUUAAAAAUGAAUCACAGAAAGAGGCGUAUAGUUUAUCGGAAACCCCAGCUUUAAAAGAAUCCAAAAAUACAACAGAAGUUAAUCAUAUAGCAGAGGACCAGGUGACACAGGGAAAUAGAGGUGACGUACAGGAACCCAGCAGUGUAUUAGAGUCUACUGAUGUUAAACCUGCUCCGGUAAUUGAGAUUACGAAUAUAAUCGACGCAUCAUCGAUUAAUAUUCAGAAAAGUCCUUUAGAAGGAUACAGACCAGUACAAUUUAAUCCCGAGGAAUUGAUAGAAACUAGAAGAAAAUUACAAAGCGUACAUUUAUCUGCCCAGGGUUUGAUGUCAUACAUCAGGGUCGGUCACUCGGUCGGUCGUCGGUAAUAAUAAUAUAUUAAUAAGAAAUAUGAAUUGUCAAAAAUCAAAAAUCAAAAUCAUUUAUUCAGUCUAGGCUGUUACAAGCACUUGUGAAAGUCGAGAGCUACGCCAUCGGUUCGUAAAUCUACGGCGGGAGACCUUGUACCGAGAAGAACCGGCAAGAAACUCGGCAAGGGCUUCUUUUUUCUCCCUGUUUUAUUUCACACAGAGCGUCAAGAUUGAAAAAUGACUUCAUUAAAAUUUGAAGUCACUUUCCAUUACAAUAUUACACAAUAUUAGAGUAAAACAGUAUUUUCGUCAAUCCAAUCACAUUUGUAGCCAAAGAAGCUCACCGAUUAACAAUUUAUUAUAUAUAUGAAAAAUGAGCCAUAUUUAACUCCAAGCAGUUUUGUCGUUUAAAUAUUCAUUAACAAAGUUUUCUAUUGUCUGUUUCUAUUUAAUUUGAUCAAUUUUGCAAUCACAAUGUUGUAUUGGAAAACAGUCUUAAUGAAAAUUGCUUAAAAAUUCCACUUUGUCUCUGGUUCUCUGAGAUGGGAUUCGAACCCUUUUGCAAUUCGGGCGACUGCUCUAACUUUUUCUUUUUUCAUUAUUCUAGAAGAACUUGGUAAGCCUGGUAUUACGGAAGAGAAAAUAGCAGAGUUAAUAUCAGGUGAAUCGGAGAUGUUAAGAGAGGCACAUGUUAUGGGGCUGUCUCGUGUACUGAAAUCACAUAUGCAUCGGCUCGAUGACGAUUCCAGCGUGGAUUUUAAGAAGAUAAAACCGAUCAUAGAGUCUUUGAAAGAUUCCGAAGUAUUAAAAGCGCUGAACGAAGAGUUGAUAAGGACGCAAGAAGAAAAAAAGAAGGAGGAACAAAAGAAAUGGACGACGUUCUUGCAAAAGCCUAAGCGACCGGAACCUUAUAAAGUGAAAAUAGUGAAACAACCAAAGCCGAAAGUAGCACCUGAUUACAAGCCAGAGUUCAUAUUGAACAGCAUCAUUGCUUUUAUUAUACCAUUCUUCACCAUUCACAUCUUCAUGAGCAUCAUCACCACUUCACAGGACUUUGAAACUGGUCCGCUUCCUUGGGAGGAAAGGGCAAUGAAGGAGCCUCCUCCUCCUCCUGUGGACGCUGAGGAACCAAUUCUGGUCCCCGAAGAGGUACCCGAGUUUUUGGAAGCAGUAGAUCCUCUUCCUGAAAGUGAAGUACCAGAUUUAGAAGAAACAGGAAUCCCUCUGCCACCGCCAAAUGUAGAAGAACAAGAAAAGCCUUCGUUCCCGAUUCAAGAAGAAGAAAAUAUAGACGAACAAGAAGAGCAACCAGAGAUAUUAGAUAUAGAAGCAGUCGUAGAAGAAACUGAGAGAAUCGUUGAAGAGAUGGAAACUAAUAGACUUGCUGAGCAGUUGCUCUCUGGAGUACAAUGUAUGGUUGAUCCAUCGGCUAGUGUGGAGCAACAGCUAACUCAGAUGCGAGCGCAAGUGGCAGCACUGGCGCAACUGCCCGGCGUCAUACAGCAGACGUUAGAGCUGGAAUCACAACAAGCAAAUAACUCCGAAAACCACGUAGAGCGUGCUGAUGAACCACAUCAAACUAACGAAGACAAAGAAGACUGUCAAGAACAACAAGUGGCCACGGAAGAAACCGUUACGAAUACAUCGGUCGCCGAAGAAGAAACCAAACCGAACUUGACGGAAGAAGAGAGGCAGAAGCUGAAGGAAGAAGAGGAAGAAAUGCGUGCGGAGCAAAAAAGAAUCGAGAAGCAAAAGAAGGAAUAUUUGGAGGCAAUGAAGUUAGAACAGGAAUCGAGACAAGUGAAACAACGACCGACACCGCGCGUUGGUAAGCCUAAACCUGUAUUUGGGCCACCCGUGCCUGUUGAGAGACCGUUGGUAUUACCUGGCGGCAGAAAAUGGCGGAAACCGCAAGACGCGUACAAUGAGCAGUUCAUUGCUGAAACUCUGACGGCUCAAGCCGAAAUCAUCCAAGGAAAAGCUAAAGGGGAAUCAAACUGCCACCUUGUGGACUAUCAUACGCUACACGACACAUACGUAGUGAAUUAUAACAAGUUGAUUGAAGAUCAACUUCAUGAAAUACGAAAAGCCACCCGUGUCCUUGGACCACCUCCAGCACUCGGAGGUAUUCAAAUUGAUACACAACAUGGAGCAGAGUCCGGUGAAGCGUGUUGAGAUGCUUACGCCUGUCAUCGCCGAGGUGGACUACAGAGAGAAAUGUCGUUCGGUGACACCCGCUCGUGGUUUUGAAAAUCACAUGUCACAGCAACUCCACCCGUGAAUAAAAUAAAAGUAAAUGUCCUAAAAGCUUCAUAAUAAUUCGCGCUUCACAAAUUAUAUAACAUAAUCUUGUAUUUUAUAUUAUUUAUAUUAAUCUGUUGUUUCAUAUAAUUAAAUGAUGUUUCAAACUGCUUAACGUAAUUUUAUUUUCUACUUUACAUUUGGUUUUCGCAGACUACUGCCAAGCCCAAAGAUUAUUAUUAGUUAUAGUUUGAUAACCAUAAGGUAUAAAAUACUCUGUUCUAGAUUUCUCCCAUAAAACUUUUCACAUUUUACUUUCCCACGACGCCUUGGUUGGCUGGAAGAGUUAUCUUCUGGAGAUAAGCCCAUCCUUGUAACAGAUUUAUUUGUGUGUUUUUAUAUAAAAUUU